CGCGAAAUUAGUAGGAUUGGGGAGGUGAAUAACGGGGGGAGGGUUGAUAAAAAGGCCAGUAGGGAAGGAAUCUGAUUUCGAGCUGCUUUCUUGCUUGAACUGGUUUGUGGGAAUUCCCGUAUGUCUGUUUGAGACAUGGCGCGAAGCCGGUGCUUGACGGUCAAGUCGUUGCCGCAAGGCAAAGACCGGGCGGAUCUCUUGGAUCUGGUGAGAUCUGAACAAUUCCGAAAGGGUCUUGUGCGCGUUGUAUUUGAAGACGAUGGUCGCGUAUCGCUGAUCUAUACGGAUGCUGACCUUGCCAAUGACGCUCUGAAGGCAAUCCAUUCGGUGACGGCCAUAGAUAUCGCCCUUAGUCAAGAGGAACCCGCCAUUACCUCUUCGUCUCGCCAGAACACAGAGCCAAACCCGGUCGUGUGGAUUGCCCCAGACUCCACUCCCUUGGACAAAGAAGAGCUUCGAAAGAUUUUACAAUGCUAUCGAGGCCUGGAGCUCUUUGGACUGGUACACGGCGAACCACCGCAUACAGGCAAGGGAGGGCCGCAUAACCGUGCAAGAACUACGCAUCAAGCCGAAGUUCCUUAUGCUUGCUUCCGGGAUGUAUUUUGUGCCGAGAAUGCGGUGGAGGACCUGUCCAAGCACACCAAUCUGGUGAGUGGGUUUGCCAACAACCCUGGUUCCAUUCGAAAGAUUCUCGAACGGAAAGAGAAUUUGGGCAGAACAUCCUCUCGAGUCUCUGUCGAUAGGAUGACGUGGAUCAUCGUGUCGGAGGUGCCUGAUGACGUCGCUUUGGGAAGUCUUCGGCGCCAUUUUGGUCGCUUGGACGGAUUUGUCUUCCUCGGCUUACAGCCAGAAGCACUGUUCCUUGGAUUUCAGACCGUGGCUCAAGCCAGAAAGGCAGCGGAUAACCUGAUACGGAACACGCGAAUGAAAGUUCGCCCAGCGCAUAAACGUGACGUUCAGGCUUUACACAUGCCACCAAAAUGCGACCCUUCGCAACCGACGGCUGUUUUGAUUAUCAGAUCCCCACCCUGGUUACAUCAACGACGGGUUGCGGAGCUUUUACAGCUGUACGAAGGGUUCCAAGAGCUAAAGCCCGGACAACAGUUUCUCUUGGCGAAGUUUGAGACUGUUGAUCAAGCAUCACGUGUUCUUAAGGAAUUGGAGGCCACCACCAACCUACAGAUUCGCUAUUCCAAACCGUCCGAAAGUAACGGCACACAAGGCGCCGAUAUCCAGGCUUCAGAGGAAAGCGGGGCGAUAGGUGGUUUAGUGGGUACAACAGGCUCUCGUGCACGAAGUAAUUCGGUGACCUCAAUCUCGUCGGUUACCUCGAUCACUUCUAGCGCUCAUUCCAUUAAUGAAAGAGCUACAUUACGAGGAUCUUCAUCAGUGUAUUCAAGACCAUCUGCAUCCGAACCUUUUCCUUUCGCCUCGGCCAUGUUAAUCAACGUGUCUGAUCUUGCGACAGUGGAUGAUAGCUUUCGCCACCUCGUGGGAAAACUCGAUGGCUUUGAACGAAUGGCGUUUUACGAUGAAGGCUGUUAUUCCUGGUUCGCUACCCGUGAGCUAACUGAAAAGGCCGCUAGUCACAUCGAAGCGGAAAGGCACAUCACACCGAUUUUGGUCGAGAAGCGACGUCCUCGCCAGAGAGCACCGCCAAUUCAGCCACCUCACGCAGAACAGUAUGCUGGGUCACUGUUUGUGCGUUGCCCGCCAGGUUUGACCAAAGAAGCACUGCAACUGAUAUUGGAGCAUUACCCGGGAUACGUGGCAUGUCGCCAUUUGAGGGAUGCCAUCAUAGUGGAUUAUGAGGACCAGGAAGCUGCUAAUAGGGUGAUGAAGGAUUUACGGGUUCACACCAACAUCAGGGUGGAAUAUUCAAACAAAUCGGCCCAAUCGGGUAAUCGUUAUCUGGUCGAUGAUCGUACCGAAGCGGCCGGCGUUACAUCCGAGGAUGAAAGCCUACCGUCGGAGCUCAAGAACUCGUCAACCCAAGCUCUUGUACCUGGUGGUCGCACUAUUUACGUGACCCAGCUAGGUGGCAAGGACAAGGCGGAUAUAAAAACGCUUUGUUUGCAGCUGCCUGGAUUUCAUCGAAUCCAAUUUGGCCAAACCAAUUUUCGCGUCGUUUUCAAGGACUCAGAGAGUGCGUCUCAAGCCAUGCUGAAAAUAAAACGGCUUGUUCGAAGCUGGAGGGCCAGUUUUGCUCGGAAAGAACCUGAGCAGAAACUUAUUGCCGACAUUGGUGAGCCAUCAAAGGUUUUAUGGACAUCCACGCUGUAUUGGACGGAGGCCGAGUUGCGUAAAUAUCUUGAAAUGUAUCCGGGAUUUGAUCGCCUUGACUACGACACGUCUCACAGUUGGAUACAUUUUGCGGAUGUCAGCUCUGCUCGUGCGGCGUUGACAGACAUGAACUCCACUACCAACUUGUAUUCUGUGUUCUCGUCGAAGAGGUUUGAACUCGAUGAAAGGACAUGCCGGCAAUUGGGAACAAUUCCGCCUGCGAAUACUUCAGACGCUAUUCCAGUGGCUAAGGUGUCCGCAGAAUCCGACCAACGCGACAGGUCGAAUGAUCGACAUGCGUGGGAAUCUGGAGAGGAUCGGGCACCUUCUCGAGACGGCAAGAGUCUCAAAACGUAUCAGGACACGGAGCUGCCUUCUCCAAACCAUUCUUCGACUGCCCAACCUCCAAGAAACUCAAAUCUGACCAUCGUCACCUCUGAGGCGCGCUUGGGGUCGAAAAUGUUAUUCGCUGGUGAAGACACCAAGAAAGUGGCAAGCAGUCCGGGUGCAGAACAUUUCCCCACUAGACGAAUCACCGCGAAACCCCGAGAGAUAAUAUCCAACAUAAUAAUCAUUCGAAAUAGCUCGACGAAUGAGAGGGAAGAGCUGGAGACUAUUUUUCAAGAAUAUCCAAAUUUUGAGGGUCUUGCCUGUGAACAGAAGGGAUCAUUCUUAGUCUGGUUUUGCCGAUUUGCUGACUUGGAGUCGGCAGCGACGGUGUUUCACAGCUAUGAAUUGCGGGAAAAAUUAGGAAAGGGAUACGGUGGUGUAAGCUUUCAAUACUGUGGGACGGAGAAAGUUCCGCUGGAAUGGAAGGAUUUCCUAGUUGAAAUCGAUGGACCGGAUGAUGAUCAACUUGAAGGAGAUACGCAAUGGUCCGCCGAACAUGCUGAGGAUGACUCGUUUGAGGAUGUCUCUGGCAGCCUUGCUGAUCCGUGGUCCCUGCCACCGAGUCAACGACAGUCCGAUCCAGAGGCUGAAGUUGCGGUGGUGAGCGCUUCCUCAAAGAAUUGGGACGCCAUUACCGAUGGGUCUUCAGCCAAGGCCACGUCGCUGACAUCUCCAUGGGAAGCAUCCAAACCAUGGUACGAGAGCGUCGAUGAAGAGAUAUAUCCGGACCAAGUAUCCCCGGUGUUCCCCAAUGAGGAGGUAUCCGAUCAUAUCGUAUCCACCGACAGUUGGGGCGACCCAACCGCGCCAAUCUUUGAUGCUGGAGCUCCUGAAUUUGUACCCGGAAAUGCCAACAUUUCCUGUCAUGAAGUACCGUCCUUCACUGAAGGCAACCCGGUGCACAUUUAUGCUCCUGCGGAGGUGGAAGGACUUUACGAAUCAGAACCGAUUCAUGUCCACACUUCAGCAUCACUCGCUCGCCCAUCCAUACCCGAGCACAAUACCAAGCAUGCCGCACUCCUUUCAGAAAACACGGCUCUGCGCAAAAAGCUAAGUAACAGCAACUUCCGUAUAAGCCGAGCAGAAAGCGAGUUGCAAAGACUGGAAAAGCUCUUGACGGAGGUUGGAGGCGUGGAGGAAGUUCUCGAAGAGGAUCCGUGGGGUGCUCCAGCCAUCGAAGAUAGACUAGAAGCCACAUUGUUGGAAGAGAAAAUAAAAAAGGUUGUAGGAUUAGUGAAAGGUUUAAUGAGGAAAAUUGAGGUCUCAGAAUAGUGAGGUAGGCAAAUCUGGACAGAAAAGUGUAUGUCUAGAGUGGGUAGGAUAGUUUUACUAUUGAAUCUUUUUUGGAGUUUUAAUACCACAAUGAUAGCCCAUUGAGGGAUCUGAAGCGAAGAA